CCUUCCAACCACAGCUUUUUGUUCUCCCUCCUCGAUAAGAGCAAAUCUAAUCUCUUUCCACAUUACUGCCCUUCCAUUAUAGUUUGAAGAUAGCUUUAAUGCCUCCCCUUUCCCCUAUCUUAAUUCUGCCCCUCUUCAGGCUAAAUAUACAGGUUUUAUUGGCUUAAAACUGCCCUAAAGACUUUGAGGACAUCCUGUUUAUAACUUUCCUCUCAACCUGUAAAGAUGAAACUAUUUUACAGACUGACCUUCCACCCAUUGCUUCUGGUUCUUCCAGAGACCUUCCAGGGCUCAGAGGUUGAGGGGUUUGUUCAGGGUCAAAUAGUUCAGCCGAGGCUCUUUCCACAUGCCCCUUUCCCUUGCCAUUUGUGAGUUUCUAGGGGUUGAGAAAGCGAAGGCAGGAGGUAUUUACAAAAUGUUCGUGGAAUUGCACCCCAACUUUUGCCAGAUUCCCAGGGUCAGGGGAAAGGGAGCCAGAACCCUAGUCCCUGCCUGUUUAGAGGUGUGGGUAUCUGGAGGCCAGGACCUGAUGAGGGAAAGGGAGGGACUAGAGGGUGAUAAAUUGCAGCUAUGCUUUGAGGAGCCGAGCCCGAGCCACCCCAACGACUCCAGGAGGCUUGAAUGGGAAAGGGGUCCGCUCUGGUGUCUGUGAACCUUAAGUCGGAUCCUUGGGCUGGAGUUUAGGAAGUCCCCCCGCGGAACGAGACCAACUCACCCUGAGCUCCUGGGAAGCCCCAACAAGCCACAGAAAUGGGCUGGACGGGGCCACUCCUUCCGGCAACUGCCCGAGCCAGGCAGGAUUCCGGAGCACCAAGGAAGGACCACUCUAGGACACUGGGAGGCCCUGCCACUUCUAUGAUUCUCUUUUCAAUCUUCCGCUCCCUUCGCCGCCAGUGUUUUUACUACUAGCCGGGGUCUUCUCCAGACUAAACCAUUCAUUACCCAGAGUGGGGGUGAGCAGAAAGAGGCGUGAAGGAUCGUACCAUGUCUGGAGGGAAGCGCAGUGCACUCGCGACCCAGAGCUGGUCGAUGUGUAUCAGUCAGAGCUGGAUGCUCUUAUUCCCUUCUCAUCAGGUCUAGAUUUUCAGCUACAUGACAGUUCAGGCAAACCUGUCACCAACCCGCAGAAUUCUCGCUGCGCCUCGGAGUCAUCCCGGGGACCCCGGACAGGAUUGGAUAAACCACCUCCCAAGGGGUGGAAGCUUGGGGGCAGUACUUCCGGUCUGCCGGGUGGUUUGGAUCCCUUCGAAGGGUCGUCCCGGGGUCCACUAUCCCUGGAGCCUGGGGUGAGUGCGGGCCCUGAGGGAGGGAAGAUGGAAGAAAGAAGGAGGAGGACUUUGAAGGGACCCGAGAUUGAGGGAAGGAAGCAGGCAUGGGGCUGCUUGAUCGAGAGAAUGGAGCCCAGAACGGCCAGCCAGCAGACCUGUAUUCGAAUUCUGCUAUAGACAUUUAGAACCAGUGCCAGUGAGAGCAGAUCACUGAGCCCCUCUGAGCCCCCUUCUCCAUUUCGCCAAAAUGGGGAUGUAAGUGGACAGAACCCUGAUCUUCUGGUUAGGAAAACCUGCGCUCCAAUCUCGCCUGUAGAGUGUAAGCCCCUUGAGGGCAGGGGUGGCUUUUAGCCUUGUUCUUGUCUUCAGUCAUUUAAUAUGUUUAAAGAAGUCUGGGUCUGAGUGUAAUCCUAAUAUAUCUAUUCCAGGUUUUGGAUUACUUUCUUCCCAAAUUGUUGUCCAUUUUCAUCACACAUAAAAUUACAUAUCGAAACAAAAAAGAAGUGGGGAAAAUACCUUUCAUACAGGAUUGGUGUGAAAGAAACAUCGUAAGCCUUCAAAGAUGAUUCUACUAUUUGAGUUAAUAAGCCAAGUAUCAGGAAUAUUAUGAUAAAAAAUAAGCUAUCCCUUCUCUUUAAAAAGUUUACAUCCUAGAGCACAAAGCAGAUAAGUAAAUAAAAGGUCAUUGUGUAGGUAGAGAGACUCAUCAACUAGAGGGUCAGAAGGGCUUCCUAUAGGAAGGAGCACUUGAAAGAAGCUGGUAAUUCUAAGAAAUGGAGCUGAGGAGAGAAUACAUUUCAGACAGAUGAGUCAGUCAGUAAAUAUGAAGCACACUGUGCUGGGCACUGUAAUAGAUGCUGGAGAUAAAAGACAAAAAUGUUGGAAGUAAGGAAGGAUAGGAAGAUUUGGAAGGGAGGAGAGAAUACAUUUCAUUCAUAGGGAAAAGUUCACAGACUUGGAAAUGGAAAGCCAUGUAUGAAGAAUAGUAAGAAGGCCAGUUUGGGUAGAUUUACAUAGUGUGAGUUAAAGGGAGUUAUGUGUAAUAAGACUGGAGAGAUAUUUUGGAACCAGAUUUUUCAAGACUUUAAAUGCCAAAAAGUGGAAUUUAUUUUUAAUACUCUAGAUAUUAAGAAGCCACAGAAGCUUAUUGAGUGGGUGAGUAACAUAGUCAGAUCUAUACUUAAGGAAAAUCCCCCUGGGUAGCUAUAUGGAGAAUAGAUUGAACUGGGGAAAGACUUGAGGCAAGAAAUGAAAUGUUAUCUAUAAGAAGACAGCUAGUGAGCCAGCUUGCCUGAAUAUAGACUAUAUUAAGGGGAACCAUGUGACAUAAUAACAAAUUAUGAAGGACUUUUCAUGCUAGAGUGAGGUGUUUAUGUUUUUAUAGGCAUGCCUAAAGCCACAAACACCUGUAUUCGUCCUGUCACACAGGUAAGAGGAGAACCAGGAGAAAACAGUGUCCAAAAAACUGAGGGAGUAUAAAAGAAGAGGGUAGUGAAUUGAAGUGGUGCACAUCAUAAAGCUAGUCCAGACACCCAGAAGUUCAAUUAAUGGAACCAAUAUUUGUUUAUUAAUCUAUUGAUUAAUAAUAUGUACCUAACUGGCCAGGGCAGCCUUCCUAGUGAAAGCCAUGCUGAGGCAAAAUUACACAGUUUUUUAUAGGUUUACAUACGUCAGAGAGGUAAAAAAGUAAAAUGAGCUCAUACAAAACUAAUGUAGGAUAUAUGGCUUUAAGUUUUUAAAAAUGAAAUAUGGCCUGGGGCAGACUGACCAGGGAAAUCAGGUCUUAUUGGGCACAAGCCAGAUGUACCAUCCACUGGGGAAGAUGGACAUUCUUUGUAAAUCUUCUCCUAUACCUGAUUUAUCUCAUCCUUGAGGAACCAGCCCCUGACCAUCUGUUGUUACAGCCUGAGAAAGCACAUUCCUUAAGCCUGCUUUUUAUAAGGGAAAAUAUACUUUGUUGAUUACUACCUUUACCAAUUAAUCAAGGACUUUGUUUUACUCUUAUUUCAGAAUAUUAAAAAAACCAACAACCUGCAGAUAGGUAAAAAAAAAAAGAGGAAGUCUGAGAAAAGGCCAUCAUCCAGAUUUUGCAACUAAGAGGCCAUUGAUUACUGUCAAGGGUUGUGGAAGACUGGUAAACUAGUAAACUGUUGUUGGAACUAUGAAUUGAUCCAACUUUUUUGGAAAGUAAUUUGGAAUUAUGUUAAGAAAGUGACUAAAAACCAUAUCCUUGGAUCUAGAGAACCAAGCUAGAGCUAAAACCCAAGCAGUGAAGUGAUGUAUAUACCAAAAUAUUUACAGCAACACUUACUAUGAUAGAAAAACAAAACAAAACUAGAUUCCUGUCAAUUGGAGAGUGGUUAACAAAUUGUGUUACCUAAGUGUAAUGGAAUAUUACUGUGCUAUUUAAAAAAAUACAGAAAAGCAUGGGAAGACAUAAACUGAUAUGAAGAGAAGAAAAGACAGGAAAACAAUAUAUGCAAUGACUUCAACAAUGUAAAUGUGAAAAACAACAAUAAAGUAGUUUAAACUGAAUACUGUGAAAUUAAUAGAAAGACCAAGAUUUCUUCCCCUUCUUUCUUUGCAGAGACAUGGGACUAUGGAUAUGAAACACUGCAUGUAAUGUUGGACUUGGCUGAUAUGUCAGUUUUGCUGAACAUUUUUUCUUUUAUUAUUUGGAAUAGCUCUCAAGUCAGGAGUGAGGAUAGGGAUAUAUAGAGAAACAAAGAUCAUAUAAAAACAUAAACAUAAAUACAAUUUUUAAAAACAGAUCAUCAGUAAUUUUGGAAAAAACUUAUCUCUAGGAGAUACUGAAAGCCAGAUUGCAAGUGGUUGAGAAGCAAGUGAGAGGUGAGGAAAUAAAGGUAAAGAGUCUAUAAUUCUUAGAAUACACUAAAAGGAAGAAAAGAGAAUAAUAGUUUGAAGGGUUGAGAGCUUCAAAGGACUUAAAAAUUUUUUUUUACUUAUAGCCUUAAAAGAAAGUACUGCAGAUUCCUUCUGUACCACCUUUCCUUAUAACAAACUGUCACAACCAUUAUAUCAAAUGAUCUUUUUUAAGAAUGAGAAACAAUAAAGAAUUCAGAGAAAUAUGGGAACUUUUGUAUGAAGUGAUACAGAGCCAAACUAAGUAGAAUCAAGAAAAAGAAAUAGACUGCAACAAUGUAAAUUAAAAAAAAACAUUAAAAGAAAGUAAAACAAUAUAAGUGAAAAAGGAAUGAAUGUGAUGAAGAAUGGGUAAUGAAAUACUUCUUUGCCUCAUGGCAGAGAAACAGGAGACCACUAGGUUAGAAUGUUGUACACAUUUUCAGUUGUACUCACUUUAUUGAAUGUUUUUGCUUAAUUGUUUUGCCUUAUCUUAAGGGAGGGUUCAGUCUGGAGGGAGGACUGAAAUGACUAUGAUGUAAAGAUAAAAGACAUCAAUCAAAAUAUAUUUUUAGCUUCUUUUAAUGAAUUGCUUUAAAAAUAGUUAGGGAGACCUGUGCAUAUUCAUAUGUCCACAGCAAGAAAAGUGCCAGUAGUAAAUAAGGAGAGUUUGAAGAUUGAAAGGAGGAAGGUAAUAGUUGAAAGAGACAACUACUGGAAACAGUGGGAUCUGAGCACAAUUGAAGAGUUUGCCUUUGGCGAGCAGAAGGGUAGCCAGCAAAGAUGGAAAAAGUGGGAAAUGAUACUGAGGAAUUUGAGGUAUUGAAUUAAGAGAAAAGAUAGUCAUGUUAGGAUUUCUGUUUUCCUAGUAAAAUUAGAAACAAGGACCUCUGCUGAGAAAGAGAAAGGAAGAAAUGGUGUCGGUUAUUAGAAAAGAGACCACAAGGUUUAGAAUUGUAGCCUUGAGGAGUGUGAUGACAGGGAAAAAUAAAAGGAUUACUGUUGCAGCUAGGAGGACCCACUUAGAUUAGUUAACAUAACUCCAUAGUGUACCCAUUCUGUAGGAUUGUGUGAUUUCCUCUACUGAUAUGGAAAAUAUCUGAGCAGGGAAAGCCAAGGUAACCCAUGGUAAGGUUUUAGGAGCAGUAGGACAAUGGGGCAAGAGAUUCAACAUUAGAAUGCUAUAUAAAUGUAAGUUGUAAUUUUUUAGAGUCCAGGUAACUAAGAUAAGUAUACCUAUUUCAUAGAUGAGGAAAAGUGCUUGAGAGAGAUUAAAGGCCUUGUCCAUAGUCACCCACCUAGGAAGUUUCUGAAACAGGAUUUGAAAACAGACCUCUCCCAAGUCAAAAUUCCACCAUUCUUUCCACUACAUCAAAUUGUCUUAUUAUAUAAAGUUCUUUGCAAAUCUUAAAGCACUAUUUAAGUAACAACUGUUUUGAUUCUGCUCUUACAUCAUCCUGUAUUACCUAAUGUCUUUCAGUAUGUCAUUAUAUUUUUUAUAUUUUUAAUUUCUUAAGGCAUGAUAAUAUUCCAUUAACUUUGUGUGUCAGAUUGAGCCGUUCCACCAUCACUGACCAUUUAGUGCCAGUUUUUUUGGUAAUAAAAAUAAUGCUGUUAAAUUUGUUCAUACAAAUAGAUCUUCCUCCCCCCUCCUACCCUGUCAUACACCUAAAAAGGGAAUCUUUGAUCUAAUUAAGAAAUUUAACUUAAAGUAUGAAGAAGUCACCUUAAUGGAAUUAUAGUAUAUUAGCCAUUGACUGAAGACAGAUGAGGGAUAUAGCAGUUGAUGACUAAAGAAUCAGCUACACUCCUAGUAUCCUCUAAGGCAGCGACUCUCAACCUCUCAAUUUGUAGCAAUGAGAAUACAUAAUGCAUAUCAGGUAUUUACAUUUCGAAUCAUAACUGUAGCAAAAUUACAUUUUUGAAGUAGCCACCAAAAUAAUUUUUUGGUUUGGGGUCACUGAAACAUGAGGAAUUGUAUUGUGGGGUCUCGGCAUUAGAAAGGCUGAGAACCACUGCUCUAAGGUAAAUGAGACAAUCAGCGAUUAAUUCUGUAAAAAAAGGGGUCAAGAAGAGAAUCAGCAAUGGGGAAAAAGUCAGUUCUUGAAAAUGCCCUUGACCUUUUCCCUUUGAUUCUCUUCCAUUGGUACUUCACAAAACUUGAAGUAGGGAUUACAAUGAAAGUAUAUGAUCAAAGGAGACAUUAGGUCCAACAGAGAUCAGGUCUAGACCUAGCUGUAAGGUUGAAUUUAGUAUCAAGGAACCAAGAAUCCAGUGCCUGAAGUGGGGAUCCUGCACAGAAGAUGUCAGGCUUCAGCCUGGGCUCCUGUUCAUGAUAGGGUUGUGGGCUCCAAUGUUUUUUUGUGAGCAUGGCAGUACCCUGUGCCAGGAUGUCAGCUGAGACUGGAGCCAUUGGAGAUUUGUCAAGUAUCAGAGUUCAGGAGUAGGCUCAGGGAGGCCAGUGGAACAGCUCACCUUGUACAUAAUUUAAGGAGGUCCUGCCAGGGUUGUACAUUGUCUAGGCUAAAGGUGUUCUUUUUGUUUGUGCCUCUCCAUUGUGAAUUCUGUGUAUGUCCACUCUUCCCAUUUAAUCUAUUGUGUGUUUGUAGGCAUGUGUAACCUUCAUUUAUGAGGAUUAUAUUUUGUUACCACUGUUAUUUUGGCAUUUCAAUAAACACCUGUUUUGUGUAUUAAUUGUAUCCUCUGAAUGAGUAGAGUAAAGGUAAAUAGGCGGGUGGGUAAAGGGGUAUUGUGAAUUAUAAUUUUAGAAGGUUGGAUCCAUAGAGUACAUUGAAUUUGCAGUAGUUCUCUAGGGGAUCCAACCUACAAGUGCAAAUCAGGAUAGCCUGAUGGAACACUUCAUGUCCUUUAGGAUAUAGUUUUAAUAAUAGGAUCACUGGGUCAAAGGGUAUUUAGGUUUUUUUCUUAAACACUUAUUAUAUAACUUCCUAUUGCUUUCCAGUUGUACCAGUUCAAAACCAUCAAAAAUGUAGUAUGAUGCCUAUUUCUAAUUCAAUGAGUAUAAGGUAGUUAUUUCACAGUUCUAAUUUGGAUUAAUUUAAUAAAGAGUUUGAAUACUUUCUCAUGUGGUUAUUAACAAUGUGUUUCUCCUUUUAUUAUCCUUUUUAAGUGACAAUCACAAAGCUUGUGUCAUAAUGCUAUAAUAGCAAUUUACUUAGGUGGUAAUGAGGGCCUACACUGGGGAGCAGAAAGGAAAAAGUAGAUUUGGGUAUUACUACAUAAACAGAAUCAGUGGAAUGAGGAAAAGGAAGAUUCUUUUUUUUUUAACCCUUACCUUCCAUCUUGGAAUCAAUAUUGUAUAUUGGUUCCAAGGCAGAAGAGUGGAAAGGGCUAGGCAAUGGGGGUUAAGUGACUUGCCCAGGGUCACACAGCUGGGAAGCAUCUGAGGCCAGAUUUGAACCUAGGACCUCCCAUCUCCAGGCCUGGCUCUCAAUCCACAGAGCUACCCAGCUGCCCCAGGAAAAGGAAGAUUCUGAGAUAAUCCUAAAAUGAUGAGCAUGGUAAGGAUUUGAUAGUCAUCUUUGUGUAGAUGACUCCCAUAUUUCUUUUUUUUCAGGCCUGAUCUUGCUUCUGACCUCCCAAUCCAUAUCUCCAACUACUUACAUGGUAUCUCUACCCAGAUGUCAGUGGUCAUAUUAAACUUAACAUGUCCCAAUUAAAAUGUUUUUCUUCUUAAAACUACUCCUGACAUUACUAUUUUGAUCUUUGACAUCACUUUGGACCUCAUCUCCUUCUGGAUAUUCUCUCCUUAAAGAUGAGAGAUCCCUUAACGUGGAUAUUGCUUAAGAAACUCGUUUUCUCUGUAUUUCUUUUUUUUUUUUUAAACCCUUACCUUCCAUCUUGGAGUUGAUACUGUGUAUUGGCUCCAAGGCAGAAGAGUGUUAAGGGCUAGGCAAUGGGGGUCAAGUGACUUGCCCCGGGUCACACAGCUGGGAAGUGUCUGAGGCCAGAUUUUAACCUAGGACCUCCGGUCUCUAGGUCUGGCUCUCAAUCCACUGAGCUAUCCAGCUGCCCCCUCUCUAUAUUUCUUGAUAAUCUUGUACUUAAGCAAGAUUGCCUAGAGAGAGAAAGUGGCCAGAAGAAGGAAAUGGAUAACAGUAUAAAAAACUGCAGAGAAAUGAAGGCUGUUGAGAACUGAAAAAGAUUAGACUUAGCAUGUAGGGAAUGAUUGACUCUUGAGAGAAUAGUUUCAAGUAAGUGUGGAAUACAGACUGCAGGUUGGCUGAGGAGCUUGGAUAGUAAAGAAGUAUUGGCAUUGGGUAUGAUCAACUUAUAUACAGUCAACAGGAAAGUAAUUGAAAUGGUAGGUUAAAGGGAUAGUAGGGUCAAGGUAAAGUUUUUCUUAAGGUAGAGGAGAAGCUUUUUAAAAAUUCUCAUAACCCAAUAUAAUUUACUCUUUUUCCCAUUAGCCUACCUACUCUAAUUUAGCUGCCUGCUUUCCUAUUCUCUUCCUCACUUCUUAUUCCUUUCUGGAUCUCUCCCUGGGUACAGAAUUUGAGAAUAAGAUGCUAGGCUCUAUUUCCAAGGGCCUGGCCAGAAGAGGAUCUUCAGAAUCAUGGAGAACUAAAUAGCAGUAACCUUACUACUGCUUACUGAUGGUGAACCAAGUGCAUUUGGAGACUAGAGUAUUUUAUCCUUAAUUAGCUAAUAACUUCUACUGAGGUCACACUCUGAUACCUCAGUAUAGCAUGGAAUAGAGCCUGGCUUUUCAGAGACUCUACUAAUACAGCAUAAACUGACAGGUUUCUGUUAGGCCAGAAAGGCUUCAGUUGGUGUCAGUUAUCUCAGUUCUACUCUACUGAAAUGAGAAUCUCAUCGUUAGUUGGCUGGCUAUGAAGUAACAAAUUUUUUUGGGUUGCAGCAACUUAUGGAACCAGCUAUUUGAUGUUUUAUGGGAAGGUUCCAAAGCAUCAAUUGUCUUUAAAAUCCUCUUCUAGGUGCAGCUAGGCAGCUCAGUAGAUAGAGAGCCAGGCAUGGAGAUAGGAGAUCCUAGGCUCAAAUCUAGCCUUGGACAUUUCUUACCUAUGUGACUGGUGAAGUCAUUUAACCCCAAUUGCCUAGCCCUUACUGCUCUUCUGCCUUGGAACUGAUACUUAAUAUCUACAGAAGGUAAGUGUUUAAAAAACAAAACAAAACAAAAAAGCCUCUGUUGAUUAGUAGCCACUGAAAGCCUCAAUCAAAAAUUCUUGAUUUUAGAAAACAGUAACAUGAAAGCAAUAUUUAUUAAAAUGUAACACCUCUAAGGAGAGAGUGCAGUUUCAGUAACAACCUUCAAGUUUGUAAAUGGGACCUGGUUAUUAAGUUACUAGCUGUACAUUGUAAUGGGGGGAGGGGAGGAAAUGAACUUGAAAUCAAUUUUGAGAUAUGUUAAACUCCUAUUUAAAAGAAGAGACCUUGAGUAAAAUUCCAGUAUUUCUGAAUUUUCAAUCUUUUCUGAUGGCAAAAGUUGUUUGAAUAAAAUCUUGUGAAAUCCAUGUUUGUUUUAGUGUGAGAGUAAAAGUAGUUUGAAAGGAAAUUGAAAUAUAAAGGUGUCUGGAGGAGGUUGCAAUGGAAAGAACAAAACUUAGCAUCAAGGGACCCAAGUUUGAGCAAAUCACUUAACCUCUCAAUAUCUCAGUUUCCUCAUUUGUAAAAUGGGAACAUUGGAUUAUAUGACCCCUAAGUUUCCUUUUAACUCUAGAGCCAUGAUCCUGUGAUUAAAGAAUAGAGAAGAUUUUUAUUUGCUUUAGGGAAAGGAGCACCCACCCAAAUGAAUUGAUGGGUCAACAAAAUAUUGAAAUAGUUUAUAACAUAUAUUAGUAGUAGUAGUCUCUUGGUAACUGAGGAUGACGAUUGUCUUUGUGUGCUUUCAUCUGUAAUGUAGAUGAGUGUGCACAAAGACACUUGUGCGUGAAGGAGAUUUAAGUGGAAAAGUCGAUGCACAGAGACAGUCCCACUCUCUCGGCGUUGGAAGCCUGAGUCCAUUGGCACGAAAAAUCUGGAGACUUCCUCAGCUGCAUUGGAUGGCUGUGUUGUCCUUUGUGCUCCAACACGCCUUAAGCACUCCACAGUGCUUUGCUGCAUCGCCCUCUCAGCCCUUGAACCUUCUUAUUGGUUUCUUCCGUCUGUUCCGCCGAAGCAGUCUUCACAUGCUGGGUGAGCAAAGCCCUGGUUCACCAGGGGUCGACGAUGACCCGAUGGCUACCCUCACAAGGUUUAACCUGCCUGUCAAAGCUGUUGCCUUGGGUGUGGCCGCUGCCACAUGCCAGCAGCUACUAGGAGCCACAAGUGAGAGCUGGGUGUCAGGUGGGGGUCAGAGGUUGGAGAGCUGCCCUAGGAGGGCACAACAAGCCCUCCAUACCAGAGAUACUACUCCUCCCUGAGCACCCCAUACACCCAUAUUUACUGGUAAAGAAUAUGAUCUUCUGGUUUUAUCUUUUGCCUAGGAUUCUUCUGAUCUUUCUGGGCAACUAGCACACACCUCCAUUCAAUUCUUUAUUUCUCUAGACUUCUACAUGUUCCCUCAUUUGGUUUUAAAGCCUGGUAUUAUGCCCAAGCUCCCAACUUCUUUGUACAGAUUACAAUAUUUGCAGUUGUAGGGGACAGCCAUGUUCUUGUAACUGGAAUUAGUUGUUAGGAAUUGGGGCACUUAACUAUUUAUCAAAGAUAUCUGUACCUUGUUCUGGACUUGGUUUUCCUGAUAGGACAGUGGAUAAAGGGCUGAACCUAGAGUCAGUAUGACUCAAGUUCAAAUCUGGCUUCUAGCUCUUAAAACUUUAAUGUGACCUUGUACAAAUUACUUAACAAAUGUUAUUUGUUUGCCCCAGUUUCCUCAUUUAUUAAAUGAGGAUAAUAAUAGCACCUACCUUCCAGUGGUGUGGGGGCAAAAUGAGAUGUUUCUUUGGUAGUAAAAUAGAUUAUGGUGCUUUGCAGACCUUAGCUUUAUAUUGCUAAGUAUUCUGGCUUUGAUGUCAUCCACAUAUACUGUGUGAAAAAAAGCUAUCGGCUGAAAGCUCAAUAUGGAUAGUAUAAUGUGACAACCAAAAAUGCUAAUUAGUAAUACUUGAUUGCAUUAAGAGAUCAUGUCUAAAACAUGGAAAGUGAAAGAAAUUUGCUUGCUGUAUUCUAUCCUAAUCAGGUUGUCCUGGAAGUGUUGUUUUCAGUUGUUUAGGAAGGAUAUUCAGCAAUGUAAAGUGCAUUCAGAGGAUAGAUAAUAAGACACUUGAAAUUCUGUUGUAUGAAAAUUGUUUGGAAGAACUAGGGAUAUUUAGCUUGGAGAAGAAAAUAACAUAACAGUUGUGUUCAAGUAUUUAAAAGCUUCUUUGUCCAAGAGGACUUUACUGAUAGCAAUGAAUAGAAGUUGCUGAUAUGCAGAUUGCCACUUGAACUUCUACUUAGAUCUAUUCAGAAGAGGAAUGAACUACUUCAGCAGGUAAGUGGGUUCUCCCUCACUAGAAGUCAUACUGUGAAGACUGACCUGUUGAAGAUGUCAUUGUCGAGGACAUUCUUUGGGGUAUUUGAGUUGAAACAGAUGACCCUUUUGGUACCUUUGAAUUCUAAGGCGUUCUGAUUCUGUGAAGUCUCUGUUGCUCCUCUUUGUGUGAAGUCCUAUGGAUUUUCUUAAUCCUUCCAACUUUCUCCACCAAGGCCUUCUCCAGGGCCAUGUUGGAGUGGUUUUAGGUAGGUCAAGCCAACAAAGUUUCUGAGGUACAACCUUGGUAAAUAUAGAGAUGCUCAUUGUAAGUAGAGCAGAUGCCUAGUAAUGAACUUUUUGGCCCUGGAAAUUCACAAAACCAUGGAAAAUACAAAAGGUCCUCAUUUCUGAGCAGUCUUUAUCUACUUCUGCAGAGGUGCUAUAAAGUGACAGGAUGGUGUCUGCUUGCUGUUGGUAAGAUAAAUUUAAGAUCCUUGUCCAUUGAUCAAUGAGUAGACAAGUUAUUGAAAAAACAACAUCAUGUCGAUUUUUAUUUUCUCAGCCUAAAUGAAAUGACAUAAAGAAGUUGCAGCCAAAUGGAACGAUACCUUGUAGAUUAUGCCUUGUUUGCCCUAAACCACUGAUGUUUGGACAUCUUGAAUAAAGGACACCUACAGCACCUUCAUACUUGCUUACAUUUCUCACUCCUGGAUAAAAAGAAAUUCAAUAGAUUCCAUCCUGAAACAGAGAAACAUUUGGCAGAUCUUUUUAUGUUGUUUAAUGUUUUAUUGAUUUCUUUUUUUAAAUUUUUCACCACUGUCAUUUCCUAAUAUUCUUUCCCCUACUCAACAUCAAAUCCUCCUUGGUAACAAAGAAAAACAGCUGAACAAUAUCCACAGACAAAACAGCCAUGCCAGUUAGUGUACACAGCAUACAGCUCCCAUAAUCCUUCAUAUCUCUAUUGUGAGAGGGGAAUGUGUCAUCUUUUGCUCUCCAAGAUCAAAUCUAUGACAGUUCUCUGUUAGCAGAUCCUUCCAGGCAUUAUCUCGGGUUUUUGAAUACUUCAGUAAUUCUGGUUGCAAUCUAUAUCAUUAGCAGGGGCAUCCAUGUCAAUCGAGAUUGCAAAACCAUUGAAUUAUUUAUGGUGUCUCAGUUGUUUUGAUAUCUUAAAGAGUUUGUACCUUUUUCACAUUUGGUUAUUUAUCAUUUGUGGGUUUUUUUUAAACUUCCUUUCCAUAUCCUUUUAUCACUUGAUUUCUUUGGGAACCCAAAGAUGCAUGAUGUUCCGUUUCCAUUAAAGUCAUAUGUUUCUAAAUAACAAUUAAGUUUCUGGAAAUUUUGUUUAAUAAUUUUGGAUUUGACCUAGUAACCAUUGCUAUUCUUUUCAUCUUAAUCUCUGCCUGAUAUUUGUGACAUUUGGGAGGAGUAUUAACACACCUUAUCUGGCAUGUAAACUGAUCAGAUGCACUGUCAUGACCCUCCCAGUCUAUCAUUUGCACAAUUGCUAAACUUAGUGCUUUGGUGGUGGUACAAGAUAGGAAGAGGAAUCUAUCACAAGGUCAUUGGAUACUUCCAGGACAAAACUGGGGAAGCCAAAGAGGAGGGAGUGGGGAAGCCUUCUUGGGUAAUCUGCUCUUACUCAUGGCUCCUUCCUUUUUCUUUGGUUCUAACUGCUCCUCAGAUUUCCAUCCAUCUCUCUGAGGGGCCCCUGAGAUAUCAGAUGAUGGCGGCUAAAUCCCUGCCAAUGGGGCAACAGGCUUCCAUGAUGUUUGAAGACAUAGCUGUGUACCUCACUCAGGAGGAGUGGGGCCUUCUGGAGCCUGCUCAGAGAAAUCUAUACAGGAAUGUGAUGAUGGAAAAUUAUAGAAACAUAGUCUCUCUAGGAUUUCUAGUACCCAAACCUGAUGUGAUCUCCCGACUAGAGCAAGGAGAAGAGCCAUGGGUCCUGGACAUGCAGGAACUGGAGGGGACAAAGACCUUGAGAGCUAACCCUUCAGGCUAUGAGACUGAAAUUAAGAACAAGGUAUUUACUCCAAAGCAAGAAAUAUCUAAGAAAAUGGAAUCACAUACUUUAUCAAGAAAAUUCAAAGUAGAUAGUCUUCAAGGACCUAAGUGUGAUAAAGGUAAACAUAAUGACAAAUUCAAAUAUCAGAGGAAAUCUUUGAGACAGAUAUUAAGGAAAUUGUCUUCCCAGGAGAAAAGUUUUAGUUCAAGAACAAAGAUACAAAAGAAAAUACUCACAAAGCAGGGAGGCCAGAAAUGUAAAGAGUUGGGGGAAAAUGUCACUAUGAACUCAAGCUCUGUUAGACAUUUAAGGGUUCCAACAAAGGAAGGACUCCAUCAAAGUGAUACAUGUGGCCAAAAUUUCAAAGAAAGUGCAGACCUAAUUAACCAUCAGAAAGUCCAUAAAAGAAAGAAACCAUAUAAAGCUAAAAUAUGUGGGAAAUUGUUUAGGCCAAGUUCAAUUCUCAGUGAAUCUCAGAGCAUUCACGUUGGCCAGAAAUCACAUGAAAACACUGAAUCAGAAAAAACCUCCAGCCAGAACUCUAAUACUAUUAAACACCAGAGAAUUCAAACUGGUCAGAAAUAUUAUGAAUGUAAUGAAUGUGGGAAAACAUUCAAUGCACGGACAUCCUUUAUUCAACACCAGAGAAUUCACACAGGAGAGAAACCCUAUGAGUGUAAUGAAUGUGGAAAAGCCUUCAAUGCUCUCUCAUCCUAUAUUCAGCAUGGUAAAAUUCACACUGGAGAAAAGCCCUAUGAGUGUAAUGAAUGUGGAAAAUCCUUUAGCCAGCGUUCUAACCUUAUAAAACAUCAGAGAAUUCACACUGGAGAGAAACCAUAUAAAUGUAGUAAAUGUGGUAAAGCUUUCAGUGAUCGUUCAUCCUUUGUUCACCAUCAUAAAAUUCACAAUGGAGACAAACCUUAUAAAUGUAAUGAGUGUGGAAAAGCUUUCAGCAAAAACAGAACCCUUAUUCAGCAUCAGAGAAUUCACACUGGAGAGAAACCCUAUGAGUGUAAUGACUGUGGAAAAACUUUUAGCAGGAGCUCUAGCCUUAUUCGGCAUCAUAAAACACAUACUGGAGAGAAACCUUACAAAUGUAAUGAAUGUGGGAAAGCUUUCAGUGCCCAUUCUUACUUUAUUCAGCACAGCAAAAUUCAUACUGGGGAGAAAAUAUAUGAAUGUAAUGAAUGUGGGAAAGCUUUCAGUAUGCGUGCAUCUUUUUUUCAGCAUUGUAAAAUUCAUAGUGGAGAUAAACCCCAUCAGUGUAGUGAGUGUGGAAAAACUUUCAGCCAGAGUUGUAACCUUAUUGAUCAUCAGAGAAUUCACACUGGAGAGAAGCCCUUUGAAUGUAAUGAAUGUGGAAAAGCCUUCAGUCAGCGAUCUGGCCUUAUUCGACACCAUAAGAUACACACAGGAGAGAAACAUUAUGAGUGUAACAAAUGUGGGAAAUCCUUCAGGCAGAGCUCUAAUCUUAUUAAACAUCAGAGAAUUCACACUGGAGAGAAACCUUAUGAAUGUAAUGACUGUGGCAAAGCCUUCAGUGACCGCUCAUCUUUUAUUCAACAUCAUAAAAUUCAUACUGGCGAGAAACCUUUUGAGUGCAAUGAAUGUGGUAAAGCCUUCCGUCAGAGCUCACAACUUAUUCAUCAUCAGAAAAUUCACACUGGAGAAAAACCCUAUGAAUGCAGUGAAUGUGGGAAAGCUUUUAUUUUAAGCUCUAACCUUAUUCAACACCAGAGAGUUCAUACUGGAGAGAAGCCCUAUGAGUGCAGCGAAUGUGGGAAAGCCUUCAGCCAACACUCAAACCUUAUUCAACAUCAGAAAAUUCACAAUGGAGACAAACCCUAUCAAUGUAGUGAAUGUGGAAAAGCCUUUAUUCUGAGUUCUAAUCUUAUUCAACACCAGAGAGUUCACACUGGAGAAAAGCCUUAUGAGUGUAAUGAAUGUGGGAAAGCUUUUAGUAGGCGAUCACAACUUAUUCAGCAUCAGAGAAUGCACACUGGAGAGAAACCAUAUGAGUGUAAUGAGUGUGGGAAAUCCUUCACUGUACGAUUAUCCCUUAUUCAACAUAAAAGAAUUCACACUGGAGAAAAACCCUAUGAAUGUAAUGAAUGUGGUAAAACCUUCCGUCAGAACUCUCAUCUUAUUAAUCAUCAGAUAAUUCACACUGGAGAAACUCUAUGAUAGCUAGGUUACUACAUGAUUUCUGUUUUAAAAUUCAUCUCUUAGAGGUUUAUUUACCUUUCAAAAUGUAUCCCUCUAAUUUUGGAAUGCUACCAUGGAUUGGUGAAAGGGUGCCUCAAUUUUAAGAGCUGAAUAUCCAGAAAAAUAUUUUCUCUAGGGUUCAAAAGAUGUCAUUCUGUUGUAGUCCUUACAUAUUUAACCUUACAUUUCCAUACCUUUAAGUAAACAUAUGAAGAAUUAUAUAAAAUAAACAUUAAAACAGUUAAGCUUAAGUACUCUUAAGCAUUCACACUAUUUAAAGAAAAUAGAGCAAAAUGUUAUUAAAAGACAAACAUACAUUUAGUUGGUUUUCCUUCAGUACUCAACAACUAUUUAUGCAUACUGAGUGCCUGAUAUAUGCUUGGUCCUAUGGAAGAUACAAAAUGCAUAAUUCAGAGAACUUUCUCUCACAAAGUUUACAAUCCAGAUAAGAUAUACAUGUAAAAAUACGUAAUACAAUAUAAACAUGAAAGUCUGGUAAGAGAGGUACAAGUUCUAUGCGCCUUCAAAAUAAGGAAAGGUCAUAUCUAGAUGGAAAGGUCAUGAAUGGUUUCAUCAGAGAGAUUGACCUAUUGGAUUCAUCUAUCAAGGGGCUGAUGUAUAGAAUUUUAACAGGCAAAAUUGAAGGAGAUAAGAGUGACUGCAAAAUAGUUUCAAACAGAAUGGCAUAAAAUAAAUGAUUAUUUAAGCUGAACAAAUAUCCAGGUCUUGAGAAAAUAACAGGAAUUUUGAAGUUAAGUUGACCUGAAGUUCCAGAGCUAUUCAUAAACUCCUCUUCCCUAUCCCAGGAAUAUUUUGACACUUUAUAAAUUAAGUAUGAAUUAUGAGAAAAUUGUCCAUGCAUAAAAUUGGAAUCAGUUGAGAAGAAACAAUAUGGCUAAGGGAGUAAGCUAGAGCCUUGUAUCACAGGUUUUUAUCCCCUUUUAAAAAUUUACUCAAAAAUCAUCUGCAUUAUUAUGUGUUUAUUUAAGUUUUAGCUGUUUGUCAAAGUUUUAUAUUUCAUGAAAAUGAAAAGUCAUUUCUAUUUCAGGCAAUUGUGCAUACCACUCAUGCCAUAAUAUUCCUGCAAUAGUAUGGUGCCACCAUCUCCUGACAGUACCUAGAUUAUAGGAGAUUCUAGCAAAGAAACUAAAGUGACAAGAGUAAUCAUCAUCAAUUUUGUAUCAAAAGUCUUCAUUGUCUGGUCUUUUAGUUGAUGUCAGAAUUCCAAUAGUUUUGCUCUUACCUCCCACAGCCAGCCUCUUCCAACUACUUGAAGGAAGGAAAUUAGGCACUGUCCUUGUGACUCUCUCAGCAGCCCACAUCUCUAAUAACUCUUUCAAUUCUCAGAAGAAAGAAGUGUAGCCAUUUCCUGACACUGAGAAUGUAGACACAAUCCUCUCUAAAGGUGUUCAAUGGUUGAGUUUGGGGAUUUUCUUUCCCAACUGUUCAGAUCACUCUCCUACCCCUACCUGCUUAUUUGCUGGAUGUGAUAUAAUUUACACAAAAAGUUAAGAUUGUCCCAGAGUCAGACCUAUUAAUCUGAUGUCUAUUAAUGAAACUUUUGUCCAUGUUAUUGAUUCAUUUUUCAGAAUUUCAUUUAAAUUGUCCUCAAUCAAAAGGUAAUUUUAUUGGGAAAGGAUGAAUGCUGGUUUUGGAGUACCUCACCUUACCUCACCUUAAAUCCCAGAUCUAUAUAUAACUUACUACCUGUGUGAUUUUCACUUAGUCUAAAUUUUGUUUGGGCUUUAGUUUCCUCCUGUAUAAGUUAAGGGAAUUGUAGUAGAUGAGCCUAAGGACCAUUCUAACUCCAAAUCCAUGAACUGAAGUCUAGCUACACACCUUUCUGCUCUUUUUCCUGGUAUAAGGUAAGGGGAAAGACAUGAAAGAAGCUUAGAAGUGUCAUCAGUCCUAGGUCCUGUGGGAAGGGGAUGAGGAUCAGGAGCACAGGAAGCAGAUCUUUGGGUAUUUGUCUUAUAGGGCUAGGAUCAAAUGUGUUAUAGGAAAAUUAUCUACAUUAGUGCUGUUAUAGAUGUUAAAAAAUGAAAGGUUGCAAAUCUAAAAACUUGGUUUGUAUAUUGUUAAUUAAAGUCAUUAAAAUUAACAA